AUGCUUUCACCAAACCGAAGGGUAACACGUUCGACUCGAACGAAUAGGAAACACCGGACUUCAUUGACCAUAGCUCGGUCUGGUAAACGACCUCGCCAGGUGGUGGAUCCAGUCACUGUUGUUACUCAGGGUCCUGACGCCCCUCAACCUGGCACGAAUCACUUUCAAACCCCUUCUGCUACCCAUGCCACCGAAGAAGUCAACUUAUCGGAGAUCACAUUGCAAAACUAUCAUCAUUACAAGAAAUUUUGGCCUCUUGCUUGUAUUGAAGCUCAAUUAGCUCGGCAACGCUCGUCUAAUCAUCAAAUAAGUGCCGCGGUCAUCGCAGAGGGACAGGCGGUUCUGGAAAGCCUGAAUCACACUCUACAUAUGAUUGCAAUGGUCUCAGGCGUUGGCAUCACCAAAUUGAAAAGAUCACUAGGUUUGUUGGGUGGAACACACGGAGAGAACCCUUGGCAUCGCUGGUUAAGCUUUGCGAUUGAUGCAAAUAAACAUCCUAUGCCUCAACGAGGGGACCCAUUUGCUGCCAAGAUCCUAUCCCGACGCAACACCGCCAAUUCAGACGCUUAUCAAGCCCUGGACGAUGACAAGUAUGCUGUGUUCACUUCGAAUGUGUUCUACGCUCUAGGAGGUUACCCCGAUUACUCGGCCGUCACCAUCACGGAAGACUCUAACGUAUUUGGCGACAGCACCAUUCUGGUCCCCGAGAAAGUGGCCCGGGAUCGGGAGCUGAAUACACCAGCCGCAUCUGCUCAUAAGGAGGAGAAGCGGUCACUUCAGUGUAUGAAGAAGAUAGCGCAACAACUUGCACGCGACCACCAACUUUUUGGACUCGACUAUUAUAUCAUUGCUUGUAGCAAUAGUUCGUCAGGUGGUGGUUGGUGUCAAGAGUACACCUCUAGGGAUGAGAUGUCCCAGUGGGUUUCCACAAAGGCUGACCUACAACAUGUGUUUCCGCUUUAUUGUCAAAACGGAAACACAUUCAAAGAAAUUCAAUCAGUUGUGACUUCGAACAAUCCACCGGCAACAACUCACAAGGUCUCAAAUAAUCAAUCCGACAUUGAUAAGAAAACUCUCGGUGUGAAGUUAAAUGGCUUGUUGGAUAAACUCCUUGUUGAUGUUCCUAGUACAAGUAAGAGUAAGAUAUUCCCACGUGUUCCCGACCCAACUGCUGUCUUGAAGGCCCGCAACGUGGAAGUGGAACGUGCAGCGGAUUCUUUGAUGACAAAGGUGGAGUUUCAGAAGGGCUUUAAUGGGAUGGAUGCGAAGGGCCGACGUAACUGGAUAAGCGACAUUGAUAGUGGUAAGUUCAGGGUUAGGUUGACUGGGGCAAGUGCUAUUCAGGACAUUGCAACUGGGGCUAGUGUGACUCAAGUGAUUGUCUCGACUCAAGAGAUUGUUGCUGGGGCUAGUGGUACUCAAGGCGUUGGGGAAGGAGUGAUGGCAGUUGGUUUGGACACUGGGGUUGCUCAGGAUAGUCAGGAUAGACUUUCAAAUGCGGAAGUUACUUUGUUUUAG